GAGAGGGUAAAUGGUGAUCCCUCCCAGAGCUCCGGCUCCGCACUCUGCAGCGCUCCUUUCUGAGGGUCACACCGGAUUGAUUCUUUUCCACGAGCCUCCAAGAAACACUCUCAUCCCCACCAUCCGCCUCCCAAGCUGAGAACCUCUACCUCCUCACAUUCCUGGCUCCUCUCGCUCUCCCGCGAAGUCGAGGCUUUUCAGAUCCGGUGAUGGAAAGCAGAGAGGAGGUGGUGGUGAGGUCGGCGGAGGGAGCCAACGGAAUCUCCACUCGAGAACCGCAGGGGAAACCGGUCCAUAGGAGCUGCCUGAGCCCAGGCACUGCGCCCUACUCCCGGGAGAGGACUACGGAGCUGGUGCCGGAGGAGAGCGCAAAAAGGAGCAUGUGUGCCGACGCCAGAUCGCUCCCCGUAUCCUCCUCCGGGGUAAGGCAUCACAAAGACGGCAGCAGCUCGGACAACGAGUCAGACUUCUAUGAGGAAAUCGAUGUGAGCUGCACGCCUGAGAGCAUGGACUACCCAACGGUUAAUGGUCGAAAUGUAGAUUCCCCUGGUCAUUCUCCGGGUGAGACCGGUGCAGAUCCGAGUAAGACAGUCCAGGGUCAGGGCUCUCUGGCCUAUGGAGCGGACCAGAUCCGCCGGUAUCGAACAGCGUUCACCCGGGAGCAAAUCGCUCGUCUGGAGAAGGAGUUCUACCGGGAAAACUACGUGUCCAGGCCAAGAAGAUGCGAACUGGCGGCUGCACUAAAUCUUCCCGAAACCACCAUUAAAGUGUGGUUCCAGAACCGCAGAAUGAAAGACAAACGCCAGCGCUUGGCCAUGACGUGGCCUCACCCCGCCGAUCCGGCCUUCUACACCUACAUGAUGAGCCACGCUGCGGCAACAGGGAACCUACACUACCCCUUCCCUUCGCACCUGCCUCUGCCCUACUACUCACCUCUGAGCGUCGGUGUUGGAGGCAACCCAGCCCCCGGUGCCACGCCCUUUUCAACCCCGCUGAGAUCCCUUGACAGUUUCCGAAUGUUGUCUCACCCCUACCAGAGGCCAGAGCUUCUAUGCUCCUUCAGGCACCCUUCCUUAUACCCAUCAGGACCGACCCAUGGUCUCGGCCCGGGUGGGAGUCCCUGCUCCUGCCUGGCUUGCCACACAAGUCAGUCCAAUGGGAUCGCCAGCAGGCCAGCCGCCUCGGACUUUCCCUGCACUCCUACGAGCAGGACGGACGCUUUUGUCACUUUUACGCCAUCAAUUCUCAGCAAAUCUUCACCUGUGACAUUAGACCAAAGGGAAGAGGUGCCUCUGACCAGAUGAAACCAAACAAAGUAAAUCUGUCUGCGUUAUCGGAGCAGGACUAAAACAGCAUGAAGAAAUCGGUGAACAAGCAGGCGCACAACGGAUCUACCAUAAUUAGAAUAUCAUCCCCUUUCAUAGCCAGGGCAGAAAAAUAAAAAUACAAAAAAGAAAGAAGGGAUUUCCAGAAGAUCACUUUAAUGGUUCCAUUGAAAUCUUAUAUUACUGUUAUUGCUUGUCUCCAAAACAGUCUACCUGUAGGCCUAUUGUAAGUUACGCAAGACUGAUGCGUUCCAUCUCUCUUUUUUAACUAGGGGAUUUUUUUUCCUAUAAAGCAGACUAUAGCCAUCUCAUUAGAAGCAACCCUCAACAUCGGGGUCCUGGUGGAGGCAGCGGCGUCGGUGGCACGGGCCGAAAUGUGCACAUGCAAGUAAAAUUAGUAAGUGAUGUAUAUGUAAGAGUCGUUGAAUUAAUGGCAAUACUAGCAGAAAGGGAUCGUUGCUGCCAAAAGGUAUAACAAGGCGCCGAGGGAUCGGAUUACUGCACAGCGCUUACUGCUUGGUGCAGGAGAUGGAUCGGGGAGGGAGGGGGACCCAGAGGAGGAUGGAGAGGGGACAAUCAAAAUGAGGAGAAAAUAGUAAGACACCAAGCACUCUUCCUUUUUUUGCAUUCCUCCCUUGAUAUUAUGACGCACCGAUUUUAUAUCCGAUCAAAUGAAAUCAAGUCAUAGAUUUUUUUAUGUCUACGCUUAAAUAGAAAAUCGACCUGUGGUUGGAAAAUAAAGUCCUUUUGACAAGACAUAUAUUUAUCUUUCAUCGGUUUUCAGAAUUGAAAGCAAAAAUGUGUCUACUUAAGGACAUAACCUGUUUGUAAAAGGUGAAUCGACCACAUAGAAUUGGCUAAACUUGUCUGACACCCAAUGUUGUUAUUUGAGUUAAAAUUAGAUAUCUCAAAAUUACAAUUGUGCGACUUUUUUCUUUAUUAUUUUUAAUGAACGCAAUAACUGACCGACCCUAAAUAACUUUACAAAAGAAGGUUAUAAAAGUCCACUGUUUGUUUUGGGUAGCUCUAUAUUUUGUUGUGUUCUCUUUAUUCGUUUUGUGUUAUUAUUAUUAUUAUUGUUAUUAUUAUUUGUGCUUAUUUGUUCAUGAUUUUCAGACUGUAAUAUCUGAUUUGUAAUAAAUUAUAUCAAUGUGUCAUUUUUAAAGCCUAAAAUUCUUCAACAAGCCUGCAUUAUUUCCAUUUCAGACACUUUUUUUUUUCGUUCCUUUUUAACUCAGGACAAAUUCCCAUGAUUUCUUCUUUUGAUAAUAACACUAUUUUAGCUCUCAAGUGAUCGCUGUCAAAACACCCCACCGUGGCCCCCAGACACCCUCCACUAUAUCUCCUGACGGGACUGAAAGAUUGACCGUGACAGCUAAGUGGUCCCCGGGCUCCGUUAACGCCACUCAUAUUUUCUCUUGAACCACUUAAUAGAAACAGAAUUAGUUGUCUGGGUAUUGGAGAGAGAGAGACGAAGAAGCAUCGAUCUUUUAAGGAAGAACGCAAACAAUCAGUGUGAUCUUAAUUGGCUGCAGGGAUGAGCAAAUGAAGGCGGUUUUCAUGGGAUUGAGGGAAAACACGAGGCCCGCAGAGAUUGCGCGCAGAUUUGGAAGCUUUAAAAAUGCAUUUGAUAUCACAGAUUAGUCCUUAUUUUCAAUUAGUAUUUUGUAUUGAAAUUGGACAUUGUGAUAUUGGAUGACUGCGUAACUGCAGCAAAAAUAAACAAUAAAACCAAUUACCAUUUGAACUAUUUUCACUUGUUCUUUGCACUUGAACGGAUACAUCUAAGGGGUAGGAUGUAGAUGUUAAA